CCUUUAUCAUUGUUAUUGCCGCAGCUCUACAAAACAAAACAAACUCAUUCUGUUGUGAACUCAGUGAUUAGAGAAAGUUUUCGGAUUAUCACUCCUUUAAAGCUAGUUUUUAGCUUCCAAAUAGUGUUUGGAGAUUGUGUUCAAUAACUUACCGAUAAACUCAGUCCAAAGACACCUCUGUGUACACAAGCAAAGCACACUAAAUUCGGUUCCUGUGGCGAGGGUGUCGUUUGCGCUUAUCAUAUUGACCGCUUAUCACCGUUUACCAGCAUGAAAUUUCGCUUUUGCGGCGAUGGCGACUGUCCCGAUUGGGUGCUGGGAGAAAUCCAUUCCAACCUGGCCCUGCUCACUACGAACCAACUGAAUGAUCUUGGAGAACAUACGGCAAAGUCAAUCCUUGGAGCGGAAAUACCGGAGAACGAAAUCGGCAAAAUCUAUUCCAUCACCAAGGGCUCCAUGGAUGCACCGAAGGGAGGCAUCGCUUGUCUAAGAUUUCUGCUAACCAGUGCCUCCCGCUACAACAUGAAUAGCGAUGAAUUCAGCACGGAACUGCAGCAGCUGGGGCUACCAAAGCAACACACGGUUAUCAUCUGCCGGUUGUUUGACGCCUAUGUCCUAAAGAUACGAUCCGUUUUGCGUGAGAAAAGUCUUAGCAUCAAUCAACUGGACACAUUUAGCUGCAACAUUCCGAAAAAUACGAUCGACUGCAUUCAGCUGAAGAUUGGCAUACAGAAUGAGAUAGUCGACGGGUUGCCAAAGAAAACGUCCCAUACCGUCAAUCUAAACCGUAACGAUGCGCUGCUGUUGCUGAACGAACUGAAAGCUGUCCGCGAUACGAUGGAAAGCUAUAAUUUUGAUAAGAAAUAUUCCGAGGAAAAAUAAAAUGAGUUGAAUCUGAUACAGGGGAAAUGUCUA